UGUGUGUGUGUGUGAGACAGAUACAUUCGCCUGUUGUUUUGGGUUACAGAACAUGUGAUGUCCAGUUUUUUAUUUGGACACAAAGAAAAUAUAAAGAUGAGUAUGUGUGAGUGCAGGUGAUGUGCUGGAAUGCUGCUUUUGAGUAUAUUUGAGCAUGUAGGAGUGAGAUGGCAUCUACAAUAUGCAGUCCUGUGAACACUUGCAUAUAUAUAUACACACAUUUAUGCUUGGACUAAAAACAUUUGUGUAAUAGGUUUGUCUUUACGCAUACUGUAUGUGUGCUGCUUGAAUGAGUGUGUUUAUGCGAGCGUGUGUCUUUGUUUGUGAUUCUGCUUUUAAUAAUUCAUCCCAGUGGCCUCCGCGCCUUUGUUUCUAACGUUUCUUCGCUCUGUUCUUGCCGCCGUUGACUUUGAUUGCCGCCUUUUGUGUGCGUGCAUGAGAAAGAGAGGAAAGGGAUCAGCAGGACUGGUUCAGAGGUGAACAUCUAAAGGGCGUUUCUAUUUACUUAUGUGUUGGAAGUCACAGUAACAACAUAUAUGCAGUCACACGCAUGCAUAGUUGACCUUGUGCAUUCACAGGAAGUUAGUACGGCAUGGGGUGAGAAUGUGUGAAAUAUGUGCUGAACUGGACGUGGAGAGAGAUGCUGCUAAAGUGAGAGACUCUUACAUCACGUGUGUAUGUAUGUGUGUGUGUGUGCUGCAUGCUCGGGAGUCAAAUGACACAUCCCUCAACUAAUUAUCCUCUCUUCACACACACACACACUCACAUAUUAUCACACCCUCAAACUUGCAUGUUCUAGGAAACGUAAUGCGUGGAAAAUAUUCACGUGUUGAGCAACUUCAAAAAGUGUUUUCAGAAACUCUCACUGUGUGUUUCACACACUUGCAUACGCACACACACACACUCAUGCAAUAUAACCUCUAAAUGUCUGCACAUUUUUCCACUGUGCCGUUUCAGAUGACAGGCUGGUGAAUUGGUGUUGCGUUGCGAAAAUACGCACACAUACAGACACACACACACACGCGCUGUGAUGGAUGUGGCAGGUGACAAGGCCGAAGUGUCACAGUCUAAGACAGCAGCGGCCAUUUUACAGCAAACCGGCCUGGCAUAAACAGAAGCAACUUGUAACCUUGUGCUCAAUGAUCUGAGACACACAUUUACAGCAUUGCGUUACACAACUAGUAUUACAUAAUGUCUCAUCACUGGCCCCGUAUCGCUGCCUGUGGAGGCUGGCAUCAGGGCCGGCUGAUGCCACAGCAGAUCUGAGGCAGCUGCAGUCAUAGAAGCGCAGACAUGCAGCUCAGCACUGCACCUACAGUGGGUCGCAGGAGGAGAGGAAAUCCGGACAGUCAAGGUCUGCUAGGUGUGCUGGGUGUGUGUGCUACGUUGCUGCAGUUAUGCGCUGGCUGUCCUUCAGAGUGUGUGUGUAAUUCACUGGAAGCUAACUGCAGUGGGCGGAGUCUAAUAUCUGUGCCCGCUCUCACUUCUCUCCCGGAGGGCACACAUACCCUCUUUCUGGCCAAUAACCGCCUCUCCUCCCUGCCCGUCAUGGCCUUCGCCAAUAUGAGCACCCUUGAGAGCCUCGACCUGUCCAACAACUAUCUGGACAACCUGCCUUCCAGACUGUUCCGUGAGCUGAGUAACCUGAGCGAUUUGAGUUUGCGUAACAACAGCCUAACAGUUUUGGAUCGUGAGUUAUUUCGUGGCUUGACCCAGCUGCGGAGGCUGGAUCUGUCUCUGAACGGCUUGGCCACUGUGCCGCUGGGCCUGCUGGAUGAGCUGCAGGGGCUGACCUGGCUCUCCUUGGCUGGAAACAGACUUCACGCCCUGGAGAGAGCCACAUUUGAGCCUCUCGUCAACCUUCAGCACCUGGAGCUGGGCAUGAACCCCUGGGAGUGUGACUGCAACCUGAGAGACUUCAAACACUGGAUGGAGUGGCUAAUAUACCGAGAAUGGCAGCACAGCGGAAAGGUUUGUUUGAGCUGUGCCCUCUACUAUACAGGCGGCUAUGUCGAUGCUGUUGAGUGUACGCUUCCGAAGGACUUAAGGGGCCGUGACAUCAGGGGUGUUCCUGUGGAGAUGUUCAACUACUGUCUGCAAUUGGAGGAUGAGAAUGGGGGCGGGGCUGGGAGCACGAAAGGUGGAUCUCCACCAUGUUUUCGAGGGACAGCCACUCCAUCGUCCGAAGGUGCAGUGGUGCGUACGGAGGCGGAGCUACCAGACUGUGUGAAGCAGCGUUAUCGGCCGGUCAGUGUUCGCAGGGCGAUCGGUACAGUAGUGAUCGCUGGUGUGGUCUGUGGAAUCGUGUGUAUUAUGAUGGUAGCUGCCGCAGCAUACGGCUGCAUUUAUGCCUCUCUAAUGGCAAAAUACCAGCGAGAGCUAAAGAAGAGGCAGCCGUUGAUGGGUGACGCAGAGGCAGAAGGCGACCAGGAGGAAAAACAGAUCUCAUCAGUUGCAUAGGGGAGUGGGCGAGAGGGGUCAGAGUUCAGAGGUCAGCCACAAAUAUAAAGAACCCUUUACUUGUUGAGCUGCACAUUUGAUGAUCAUUUAGCUGCCCAGCGGAGGAUUCAUAAUCCCCGUUUCCUUUUUCUCUGUCCUUCCUGAGACCCUCUCUGACUCUCAGACUUACACUUUACUCAAUCUCUAAACUUUGGCCUAUGACCUUUGACUUAUUUGCCCCCGGACAAGAGGGACCACUCAGCACUUUAGAACUCCCCCACCCUCCCCCAAUGUUGAGAGGAUCUCAGCAGAGGAGGUGUGGAUGCAACUGUUCCCAGUUCUGAACCCUGAUGUUUCUAGAGGAUCACGUGCUGUCAUUAGCAUUUGCCUCUGUAGCAACCUAGCUAUCGAUCCAAACCUACAAUCAUAACUCUAACCCCCAACACUAAUCCCAACCCCAAUCCUAGACCUUUAACUCUAAUCCCAACCCUCCCAACACUAAUCCAAACACCCAACUCUAACCUACCCUUCAAUACUAAUCCUAAACCUUGCCAUAAAACUCUAUCACUUAUCCAACCAUCACCUCUAACACUGUGUCUACACCGUGUGGGCAUGUGUAAGUGACACAUUACACCAAAUGCCAAUAACACUCAUUAAAAUCGAUGCUGUCUACAGUGGUUGCAUUCCAAUGCACUGUUGUUACAGUUACAGACCAUAAACGGAUGCCCCAAUUUCUGACAUAUUAUAUGCGCUUGCUCUACUUCCAACAAAAGGACAAAUUGAUUUGGAACGUUCACUUUGAAAUCUCCAAUGUAGACAGCUUCAAACCAUUGCAGCAUCUGUGUAGACAUGGUGUAAUCUUAAACUUCUAACUCUGCUCCCAAACCUGCAACACAAUCCUUACCCUUACCAUGAAUCCAUCAUUAAUCUGAACCCCCAACCCUAAGCCUCCAUCAUUAAUCCUAACCCCCAACUCUAACCUUAAAUCUCCAUCACUAAUCUGAACCUCCAACUCUAACCCUAAACCUCCAUCACUAAUCCUAACCCACAACUCUAACCCAAAGUCUCUAACACUUAUUUAAACCCCCAGCUCUAAACCAUAAACACUAAUCCCUACUGUUACCAUAAACCUCCAUCACUAAUAUGAACCCCCAACUCUAAACCUCCUGCCAUCACUAAUCCAAACAACUCUUACCCUAAACCUUCAACUCUUAUCCAAACCCUAAAAUUAAAUCCCCAAUACCCUAAUUGUUACCCUUAUCCCUACCCCAGUGUGAACUGGACAUCAUAACCCCCACAUAUCAUAUUUGAAAUAUUCCCACUUUAUUUAUCAGCUAUAAUAUAUGCUAUACAAUGUGACGUGACCCCAGUUUUAUGUUUUUAAGUGUGAGGUUUGUCCUUUGUAUUGUGUGAUAAUUUGUGUUGAUAACAUUGUUUUGUUUGUUUACGGUUUGUUGUUUCUCCAUGGUCAUCUCUAGAGGUCAGACGUGUUUUUGUAAGACUAGAAGAAUCCAGCCCUGGUGUCUAUCGUGAAGUGUCUUGAAGUAUUUGUGAAGUGCUAAUGUAGAGCAGGCUGAGGACUCUGUUGAUGUUAGUGGAGGGUGGCUGAUUUUGGCUAUUGGAACUGUUAAUUACACCUUGAUGGCUUAAAGAAGCACAGUGGCCCUACAGGAUAGCUACCCUCUAAACAAAAACAGAAAGACAAUAGAUGAGAAGGAAAAAACCUUACCUUUAUUAAGAUAGACUUUUCUGUGCAAUAUAAAUCAAUGUCUUUGUUGAUUUGUUGUUUAAUUCUGGACUAGAAUGUCAUAGCUGAUUUAGUCUGAUCUUUUCUCUUGGGCUGGCGGUGGAGGAGAAUCGAUUGCGUCUGUGUGAUCAAUUUUCUGCUCGUGGACCAAUUUGCAUAAUCUGCUUUUCCUUGAGGGCAGAAGUUGGUUAGACUAAAUAAUUCAGAUAAAUUUGACUUGGGCUUUCAGAAGCCCACAGAUAUUAUCAAUUUAAGCUUUUCUGCGGCAAACAGCCUCAGCAACUGGACGAAGAAAGGUAAAGAAAGACCGUCAGAAACUAGCUGCACACUGUUAAUGUGAACCAGCAUAUGUUUUCCCUCAGUAUUAUUGAAAAUUUAGAAUCAGAUUAUAAUGUUGCUAAUAAUGUCAAGAGUACCGUCAUCAUUGGGUGUUUUGCACAAUGCUGCCAUCUAUAGGAAGGAUGAGCAGUAGGCACAAGGGUGUGGAGCAAACAUCACACCACCUCAUCCGGAUUUAGGAAAUGCUCUUCCGCUGUAACUAUAGCAACAAUUUCUCCCACACACUAUUCAUUACUAAUGCAAAUUACUGGUUAGGUUGCUGGCAAAAAGUUGUAAAUCAAAGUACAACUAAUUUGUGUGUUAAUACCCACACCAGCAGUUAAGCGUCUCUGACUUUUGUUUGUGUUAAUGAUAUUUGCAGCCAUAUGCUGAGUAUAUAUAAGUACAGAUAUACAUUUAUUCAAAAGUAUGUUGAAUAUAUGUAUAUAUUUUAAUCUGUGUCUUACAAAUUAUUUAUGAACAAUAACAUGAUUGCAAAAAUUGAGUAUACUUUUCCCUGUGUUUCCUGUGCAAGCUCCUUUUGUAGACGAACUCCUAAAAAUUCUCCGUCAGAGAAUUCAGAGAAAACUCAUUAAUUAUUAAUAAGAGGAGUUUUGUCUAAUGGUUGCGGUCUCUCUUGCCAUUACUGUUCAUUUAGCUCUUAUUUUAUACAGCAUGUGUCAUGGGCCUGUACUCUGCACGGGGCGACAAAACACAUAUCCUCUGUUAUGGAGAAAAAAAAAAUGAAAAAGACAAAAGCACUUUUGCCACUGGUGGACUAAUACUCUCCUGUUAAAUUGCACUUAUUGCGAAUAAUCUCAAAAGUGAGCACAUGCUUGUUUAUUGACUGUCAGCAAAUACAUCAGUAAAUAUGAAGGGCGGUUUAUAAAUGAGCAAUGACUCAGCUGGGGUGUGUUUACUCUCUGUCCUGGCCUUACAUAUAAGAGCAGGACACCACACACACUUCACUACACACCCUUGCUAAAUAAAAGCUUUGUAAAUCCCAUUGGAUGGAUGAAAGGAAAGGAUUUGCCCAUUUGACUGAGCUACAAGCAUCUUCAAGAUCUUUAUGAAGUUCUGGUUUAAUAUCUUAUAGCUUAUUGAUGUGACCCUUUCUUCACUUGACCUUUUUUCUAAGACUGAUAUGAGAUCCUUCUUUAUAUUUUCGCUUGAUAAAAAUCAGUUUGAAAUAUUUGAUUUGUGAUCUGUGAUUAUAAUUCUGUGUUAAAAAUGAAUAAAGAAUGUAUUUCCGUAAA